CAGCCCUGAAUCUAUUCAUAGCAAUUCCUCAGAUUGUGGAUCCCAUGUUGAUGAUGACCCUGAUAUAUGCAUUCUUGAAGAUAUUAGUCAACCAGCCCGUCCAAAUCAAUCCCUGGUGCUUGUGAAGAAGACUUCAAGUUUGCCGAAUACAUCUGGUACUCAGCCUAACAACACAGGAGUGGGGGCUAUCAGGCUCAACGGAAAUGAUGAACAGUUAAUUUUUCAGGAGGCAUUGCAGGGCCUUUCUCAGCCAAAAUCUGAAGCUAGUCCUCCAGAAGGUGUUUUGGCUGUACCUCUUCUACGACAUCAGAGAAUUGCUUUGUCAUGGAUGACCCAGAAGGAGAAAGCUGGCUUACACUGUUCGGGAGGAAUUCUUGCAGAUGACCAGGGAUUAGGAAAAACUGUGUCAACAAUUGCACUUAUUCUUAAUGAGAGGCCUUCUCCAUCUUCUAAAGCAUCUUCUCAAGAUAUGAGAAAGGUUGAGCUGGAAACACUAAAUUUGGAUGACGAUGAAGAGGUGAAGCAAAAUUCUGAUAACAAUCAAGUUAUGUCAAAUGGUGCUUCAAAUAAAAGCUCUAAUCUACCAGGGAAAGCAAAGGGAAGGCCAGCUGCCGGAACUCUUAUUGUAUGUCCCACAAGUGUACUGCGGCAGUGGGCAGAUGAGUUGCAGAAUAAGGUGACAAGCAAAGCUAAUCUCUCUUUUCUAGUGUACCAUGGAACCAACAGGACAAAGGAUCCUUUUGAGUUGGCAAAAUAUGAUGUUGUCCUUACUACAUAUUCAAUAGUUAGCAUGGAGUUCCCAAAGUCACCUCCUGUUCACGGAGAUGAUGAUGAGAAAGGGAAGUUGGAAGGUGACAGGGCUUCAUCUCUGGAUUUUCCACCAAGCAGAAGAAGGAAAUACCCACUUAGUUCUAAUAAAAAAGGAGUGAAACACAAGAAGGGGGUGGAUGAUUUGCUUCUUGAUUCUGCUUAUCGACCUCUCGCAAGAGUUGGAUGGUUUAGAAUUGUUCUGGAUGAGGCCCAAAGCAUUAAAAACCAUAAAACUCAAGUUGCUAGGGCCUGUUGGGGCCUUCGUGCUAAACGUAGAUGGUGCUUGUCCGGGACUCCAAUUCAAAAUGCCAUUGACGACCUGUAUAGCUAUUUCAGAUUUCUGAGAUAUGACCCAUAUGCUGGUUACAAAUCAUUCUGUUCUUCCAUAAAGAUCCCAAUUACUAGAAAUCCAGCGAAAGGCUAUCCAAAAUUGCAAGCUAUCUUGCAUACAAUAAUGUUACGCCGCACGAAAGGUACUCUUCUUGAUGGGAAACCUAUUAUUAACUUGCCACCAAAGGUGAUAGAACUGAAAAAGGUGGAAUUCACAAAGGAGGAGCGUGACUUCUAUACUAGACUGGAGACUGAAUCACGUGCUCAGUUUAAUGAGUAUGCAGCUGCAGGAACUGUCAAACAGAACUACGUGAAUAUCUUGUUGAUGCUUUUGCGUCUUCGUCAAGCCUGUGAUCAUCCUCUUCUGGUCAGAGGUUUUGAUUCAAACUCUUCAUGGAAAUUGUCUAUUGAGGCUGCAACGAAGCUUCCCCAGGAGAAGCGAACAUUUCUUCUGAGUUGUCUAUCAUCUUUGGAACUCUGUGUCAUCUGCAAUGAUCCUCCGGAAGAUGCUGUUGUAACUAUCUGUGGUCAUGUUUUCUGCAACCAAUGCAUCUCUGAACAUCUUACUAGUGAUGACAAGCAAUGUCCCACCAAAAAUUGCAAGGUUCAACUAAAUGCGUCUUCUGUGUUUACAAGUAACUGCUUAAGCAGUUCUCUUUCUGAGCAGCCUGGUCAGGACAAGUCUCGUGAUUGUCCUGGUUCAAAAGUUGUUGAGGUAUUUGGACCUUGUUCUGAGGAUAAUUUGUAUGGUUCUUCCAAAAUUAAGGCUGCCCUUCAGGUCCUUAAAUCACUAGCUAAGCCUCAAGAUCAUAGAUCAAGGACUAGUGGCUGUCCAGAAGGUUCCUCUGAUCUCCAUUCUGGGGUCAUAAAUGGCGCUCCUGAUGAAAAGGAUCUGGUUAUGGGUGAAAUGAAUAGUUCCUGUAAGGUUCCUGGGGAGAAAGCUAUAGUGUUUUCCCAGUGGACAAGGAUGUUGGAUUUAUUUGAAGCCUGUCUUAAAAGUUCUUCCAUCCAGUACAGAAGACUUGAUGGAACUAUGUCAGUUGCUGCUAGAGAUAAAGCAGUGAAAGAUUUCAACACCCUACCAGAGGUAUCAGUUGUGAUUAUGUCUUUAAAAGCUGCCAGUCUUGGGCUGAACAUGGUUGCAGCUUGCCAUGUACUUCUGCUUGAUCUGUGGUGGAACCCUACAACUGAGGACCAGGCAAUUGAUAGAGCACAUCGAAUUGGGCAGACUCGCCCAGUAAGUGUUUUGCGGUUAACUGUGAAAGAUACAGUUGAGGAUCGUAUUUUAGCCCUUCAGCAAAAGAAGAGGAAGCUGGUCGCCUCAGCAUUUGGUGAGGAUGAAACCGGUGGGCGUCAGACCCGACUUACAGUAGAAGACUUGGAAUACUUGUUCAUGGCCUGAUUUUCAACUUCUAUAGCUACAUUGUUAAUUUGCAUUCUGGCAUUGUUAACACUUGCAUCGGAUCACCCAUUUCUUCCCGCAGAACACCAUUUCGUGACUCAUCUUCCGUCAAGGAUUAAGACUUAUUCAACACACUGUUAAUAUUAGAAGAGAAUUCUCAGAAUCCCCUUGGUCACAGAAGGGAUUUUUUGUUCCGGUCCAUUAAUAGUUCUGA